AUGGUCUCCUCCUGCCCCUGGUCUCCUCUCCUCCAUGGUCCCUCCUGGCCCCUGUCCCUGGGUCAUCCCCAUGGUUCUCCUCCUGCCCCGGUUCUCCCUCCCCAUGGUCUCCUCGCUGGUCUCUCCUCCCAUGCCCGGCUCCUCCCCUGCCCUGGUCUCCUCCUUAUUUCUGGUUUCCCCUCCGUCCCAUGGUCCCCUUCAAUGCCCCUGGUCUCCUCCUGCCACUGGUCUCCUCCUCCCCAUGGUCUCCUCCUCCCCCUGGUCUCCUCCUGCCCCUGGUCUCCUCCUCCCCAUGGUCUCCUCCUGCCCCUGGUCUCCUCCUCCCCAUGGUCUCCUCCUGCCCCUGGUCUCCUCCUCCCAUGUCUCCUCUGCCCCUCCCCCUUUGGUCUCCUCCCUGCCCCCCACCCCGGUCUCCUCCCCAUGGUCUCCUCCUGCCCCUGUCCCCUCCUGCCCCUGGUCCCUCCUCAUUCUGGUCCCCUCCUUCUGGCCCCUCCAUCCCUGUCCCCCUUCUGCCCCUGUGUCUCCUCUGCCCCUGGUCUCCUCCUGCCCCUGGUCUCCUCCUGCCCCUGGUCUCCUCCUGCCCCUGGUCUCCUCCUGCCCCUGGUCUCCUCCUGCCCCUGGUCCCUCCUCAUUCUGGUCCCCUCCUUCUGGUCCCCUCCUCCUGCCCCUGGUCUCCUCUGCCCUGGUCCUCCUCCUGCCCUGGUCCCUCCUCAUUCAUGUUCCCCUCCUUCUGGUCCCCCUCCAUCCAUGGUCCCCUUCUGCCCCUGGUCUCCUCCUGCCCCUGGUCUCCUCCUGCCCCUGGUCUCCUCCUGCCCCUGGUCUCCUCCAUACCUCUGGUCUCCGCCUGCCCCUGGUUCUCCUCCUGCCCCUGGUCUCCUCGCUGCCCUGGUCCUCCUCACUAACCCUGUCUGCCUCCUGGCCCUGGUCUCCUACUGCCCCUGGUCUCCUCCCUACCUGACCUGUUCUCCUCCUGCCCUGGUCUCCUCCUGCCCCUGGUACUCCUCCUCCCAUGAUCUCCUCCUGCCCCUGGUCUCCUCCUGCCCCUGGUCUCCUCCUCAUUCUGGUCCACUCCCUACCCAAGGCCCCCUCCUCCCCCAUAGGUAUCCCACGGCAGUCAGAGGAGGAAGACAAGGACCCCUUCCUCUCCAAUAG